GCCAGUGAAUGUCUGCGUCGGGACGGGGGCACGGAACUGUUGUAGGGUCGACGAAUAAUUGGAGAUGAAAGGGAUAGAUGGCUAUUGUAGUGGUAAACUGGCAACAGUACAAUCAUCUGUAGCCUUAUUUUAAAGCAAGUAGUACAUGAGGACUCGCGAAGGAAGUGCUUCGCAGAAAGGUAGUAAAUGUAGGGAGAGUUGGGGAGGGCUGUAGCUGCUGGUGUUUUUUUUUUUGGAGAGGGAAAACAACAUGGCUGCGGUGGAGCUCGAAUGGAUCCCAGAAACACUGUACAACACCGCUAUCUCGGCUGUGGUGGACAACUACAGCCGAUCGAGAAGGGACAUACGGUCGCUCCCAGAAAAUAUACAAUUCGAUGUCUAUUAUAAGCUUUACCAACAGGGCCGGCUCUGCCAGUUAGGAGGAGAGUUCUGUGAACUUGAGGUGUUUGCUAAAGUACUGCGGGCUUCAGACAAAAGACACCUCCUGCACCACUGCUUUCAAGCACUAAUGGACCAUGGUGUGAAAGUGGCCUCAGUUCUGGCAAACUCCUUCAGCCGCCGCUGUUCCUACAUCGCGGAGUCUGAUGCCCAUGUCAAAGAGAAGGCCAUCCAGUUUGGCUUUGUGUUAGGUGGCUUUUUGUCUGAUGCAGGCUGGUAUGGCGAUGCAGAGAAAGUGUUUCUGUCGUGCCUGCAGCUGUGCACGCUCCACAGUGAGGUCCUCCACUGCUACAGGGCUGUGGAAUGCUGUGUCAGGCUGCUUCAUGUCCGCAAUGGCAAUUGUAAGUACCAUCUGGGGGAGGAGACUUUCAAGCUUGCUCAGUCUUACAUGGACAAACUAGCCAAACAUGGCCACCAGGCCAACAAGGCAGCAUUGUACGGCGAGCUUUGUGCCUUGCUCUUCGCCAAAAGUCACUAUGAUGAGGCAUACAGGUGGUGUAUAGAGGCUAUGAAAGAAAUUACUCCAGGGCUGCCUGUCAAAGUAGUGGUUGAUGUCCUCCGGCAAGCCUCUAAGGCCUGCGUGGUAAAGAGAGAAUUCAGAAAAGCAGAGCAGCUGAUCAAACAUGCAGUGUUUCUUGCAAGAGAACAUUUUGGACACAAGCAUCCCAAGUACUCCGACACGCUGCUAGAUUAUGGAUUUUACUUAUUAAAUGUAGACAACAUAUGCCAAUCCGUCGCUAUUUACCAGACAGCGCUAGACAUCCGGCAGUCUGUGUUCGGGGGCAAGAAUAUUCAUGUUGCCACAGCCCAUGAAGACCUGGCCUACUCCUCAUAUGUACACCAGUAUAGCUCUGGGAAAUUUGACAAUGCUCUAUUCCAUGCAGAACGUGCCAUAGACAUCAUAACACACAUUCUGCCUGAGGACCAUCUGCUGCUGGCCUCUUCCAAGAGAGUCAAAGCUCUGAUUUUAGAGGAAAUUGCCAUUGACUGUCACAAUAAAGAGACAGAAGAGCGCCUUCUUCAAGAGGCACAUGACCUUCAUCUUUCCUCACUGCAGCUGGCCAAGAAGGCCUUCGGAGAGUUCAACGUCCAGACAGCCAAACACUAUGGCAACCUAGGAAGACUCUACCAGUCCAUGAGGAAGUUCAAGGAGGCAGAGGAGAUGCACAUCAAAGCCAUCCAGAUCAAGGAGCAGCUUCUGGGUCAUGAGGACUACGAGGUGGCUCUGUCUGUAGGUCACCUGGCCUCCCUCUACAACUAUGACAUGAACCAGUAUGAAGACGCAGAGAGACUCUACCUACGCUCCAUCGCUAUUGGUAAGAAGCUGUUUGGAGAGGGUUACAGUGGGCUGGAGUACGACUACAGAGGCCUGAUCAAACUCUACAACUCAGUGGGAAACUACGAGAAGGUAUUUGAAUACCACAAUGUGCUGUCCAACUGGAACCGGCUGAGGGACCGGCAGUUUGCCGUUGCAGAUGCCCUGGAGGAUGUCAACACUACACCCCAGCAGACCCAGGAGGUGGUGCAAGCUUUCCUAUUGGCUCAGAGCCUGGGCCCCACCCGCCCCUGUCUCGGCUGAUUUCAUGAGGGAAGAGAUUAAAAAAAGACAGGCAGGCUUUUGCCUGGUGAGGACACAUACUAAGCCCAACUGUGAUGCACACAGUUAACUAGUAAAUUCAAGCAUCACCGGUGAGUCGGUUGGCUUCAUAGUCACUGCAGCUGCCAGUACACACAGACAUACACACACUUUUAGUUGUGGAAAAAAAACGUAGAGAAGACACCAUUAUCAAACCUCAUUGACAUUCACACAAACCACCAAGAUGCAACUGGAGACUGGAUGCAGCUUCACCCCACAAAGCAGACUUUUGCAUUUCUCCAAGAGAAAGAGGACAAACGGGGGGGGCGGGGGGUGUAAAAAAACAACCUCAAACAUCCUGUAAGGAUGACAAAUGACCUCUCCUCUUGUCUUGCUCGCCUUUUUCUUUUCUUUUCAAUUUGGAAUUGGAGGAGAUUUUUGCUUUUUGUAUUUGAACCUGUGUAGCUCUGAAUGCCAUGAGACUCAUCACAGAUAAAAACCAUGUUCUCCAGGGCUAUAUACAUGACAGUAUCUGGACCCAUACACGUGUGAAAAACUUGUUUCAGCCUUCAUCCAGCAACAUCAUCACAUGGUGGAUCAGAGAUGGAAAAUGUCAGAUAUUUUUGACACUUGUACAGUAAAAUAAUACAGCAGAUUGCAACUUAAGUUUGAACUGAAGGCUCCCUGUUUUUUUGGGGUUUUUUUCUUUGUGAAGAAAUGAAAGUGGACCCUAAGAGAACUCCUGUUUUAAACUGCUUGGCGGUGAGAGAUUACAAACAGUGGAAUGUGUUCAACCAGUGGGUGUAUUGUUACACACAUAAUAGGCUUCACAGGUCCUGUUUUCAAUUUAUUUUAUCUCUUUUUCCAGCUUAGUCUUGACUUUGAACAAUUAAAAUGCCAAUAAUUUAUAUGCAAAAGUGUAUGUUUAUGUAGCCCUUUGUUAAUGCUUUUCUUACUGAGUUAGCUAUGAGUUCUGAAGAAACACCUCAAACUAUCACUUUCAAACAAGGGACUUGGACAGGAGUGAAAAGAGGAAGAUGCUGCAUGUACAGAGGCUUCUAAGCCUCCCCUUAUUUGUUAAUCUUAAGGUGUGGCUUCAUGAUUGAGUGUGUACGUGUGUGUCAGUAUAAACAGAUAGAACUCUUGGUGCCCAAGUGCUCCACUGAUGAUUACCAGCCUUACACCACCUUGCAGUUAUCUGUCUGUAGACGGGCCCAUACUUCUAAGUGCUUAAUAAACUAUUAUACUCUUAAGGGCAAUGGGGACCAACAUUGCGUGUGUGUGUGUGUGUGUGUGCGUGCGUGCGUGCGUGCGUGCGUGCGUGCGUACAUGUGCACUGUUUACCUGUGCAUCUGACCACUCCAUUCCUUCCUGUCAGAUAUCCCAUUAAUGCAAAGUUCCAGAUAAUUUUUUUUUAACUGGACCAUGUUUUUCCACCAUACUUACUGGUUAUUUCCAAAAUCCCAUCAGUUUAAUCACCUUAGAGCUUAACUCUCCUGAGGAUGCUGGUCUUUAAUCAUAAUGAAUCAGUGGGAAUAAUAACCAUGAACACAAUAACUUUUUCAGCCUAUGUCAGCGAAAGGAAAUUAAUUUGUCCUUGCGGACAACUGCUGGUCUACAUGGAGCAGGAUCAGAUCACUGAGAUUAUAUAAAAAAAAAAAAAAUUAAAAACAAAA